AUGGCUUCGAUUCGAUUGGAUGCAUCGAAACAGUACUAUGCAACAAGCAGUCUUGUAGUGGGCUAUGCUUUGUGUUCUAGCUUGCUUGCUGUGAUCAACAAGUUUGCCAUUACCAAAUUUAACUAUCCUGGACUCCUCACAGCUCUCCAGUACUUAACUUCAGCUCUUGGUGUGUGGAUCCUUGGGAAACUCGGGUUCUUGCACCACGAUGCCUUCACCCUUGACACCGCCAAGAAAUUUCUUCCUGCAGCCUUUGUUUUUUACUUGGCCAUUUUCACUAAUACAAAUCUGUUGCGCCAUGCCAAUGUGGAUACAUUCAUAGUGUUCAGAUCCCUGACGCCCCUUCUGGUUGCAGUAGCUGAUACCACAUUCAGGAAGCAGCCAUGCCCUUCAAAAUUGACAUUCUUGUCCUUGGUGAUCAUUUUGAGUGGUGCGGUUGGGUAUGUUGCGACGGACUCUGAUUUUACACUUACUGCUUACUCGUGGGCUUUUGCAUACUUGGUAACAAUCACAACAGAGAUGGUUUACAUCAAGCACAUGGUGACCAAUCUCGGGUUGAACACUUGGGGAUUUGUGUACUACAACAAUCUUCUGUCAUUGAUGAUGGCACCCAUCUUUUGGAUUAUAACGGGGGAGUAUGUUGAUGUGUUUGCAGCCUUGGGAUAUUCAAGUGGAAGGAAUUUAUUCGAGCCAGUUGCAUUUUCUGCGGUGUCCUUGUCUUGUCUGUUUGGGUUGCUCAUUAGUUUCUUUGGUUUUGCAUGUAGGAAGGCCAUUUCUGCAACUGCAUUCACAGUGACAGGAGUAGUGAAUAAGUUUUUGACUGUUGCAAUCAAUGUGUUGAUUUGGGAUAAGCAUGCUAGUCCAUUUGGUUUGGUUUGUCUGCUGUUAACUAUUGCCGGAGGGGUUCUCUAUCAGCAGUCAGUUACUGGAGCUGGAAAUGCUUCAAACCAGCGCGAGCCUGCAGCAUUGAAGCAGAUGGAAUCUAAGAAUGAAGAUGAAGGUUAUGCAGGCGAGGAUGAAGGAAAAGGCAUUUCUGGUAAAUUUUCUGGCGUAUGA